GAGAAGACGGAAAGUUGCAGCCUCGAGCUCGGAAUCUUCUUCUUCGGACUCUGAUUCAAAUGAGCACCCGCAGUUGGUCAAAACCCUCUCCAACCCCCCUGAUACAUCCAAAGGCGCCCGGUCCCUAUCGUCCCCAUCCCGGGGCGACGGGGCCAAGUCAAUCGAAUCAUCAGACACCUCAUCGAAUGACUCGUCAUCGGACUCCUCGUCAGACGACUCAAACUUAAACCGUGACCAGCUCCCAGCCCAAAGCAGGCCCGCAUCCCCAUCCCGAAUGAAUUUGGAUGGGCAUGAUGAAGAUACGCCCUCUGAAGAAGACUUUUCUAGUCGGUCUCCUUCGUCGACAACCAUCGAUGUCCCUACGCUAUUCAAACCCUCAAUCCAUACCACGGAGAGAAACGCAGCAACGGAAGAACAAUUGCAAGAAAAAUUUAGGAAGUUCUGGAUGGCAGCUGUGGUAGAUGCUUUCCAAGAUGACUUGGAACAAAUACGUGCUGAGAAAAAGGUGACGAGUAAUAUGUUGUCCAUCCUAAUCGAAUCUCUUGCCUCGGGUGCCGACGUCUACACUCAUGCUCAGAGCAGUGCUUCUGGACCAUCACGUUAUGACGAGAUGGAUCUUGUAUUGAGCCAGGGAGUCAUCUGAAAGUUCGCCUGAGCCUUCAACAGAGCAUAAGCCCAUUUCAUCCGAUAGUUUUCUGCACCCCUUGGAUUUAAUCUGUCUUGUAAUAGCCUUCUAAAUCUUGGAUCGGUAUUAUAUUGAGAGUCUCAUCCUGGCCAAUUCGCUAGUUAUCAGAGUGUAUGAAACAAACUUUGAUCAGAAUAAGUCCUCCUUGCCC